AUGUCUGUAGUGGAUGAUAAGUUGGGCAUUUUUAGAGAGAAAUCAGAGUUCAAUGUCAUUAACUCGACUGUUAAUGGCAUUGGCCAUGAAGAUAUGUUGAAUGGUGGCACCAUGGUUGAAGAGAGCACCCCAAAAUUAGCUAAGCAGCGAGCUGAAGUGGUGGAGUGGUUAAAUGCCUUGUUUGACCACUUGAUUUUGCCAUCUGAAACUUCUGAAGAGGAUCUGAGAGCUUGUUUGAUUGAUGGGACCAUCUUAUGUGGCAUUCUGAACAAACUGAGUCCUAGUUCUAUAACAAAGGUAAACUCUCGCUCAGGUUCAUUUGGGGCUGACGAAUCUGGCCUUUCUGCUUAUGAGCGCUCUGAAAACAUCAAGAGUUUUUUAUCUGCUGUUGAUGUGCUGGGGCUACCAAAGUUUGAACCUUCCCACUUGGAGCAGGGACCUAUCACCACAGUGGUUGAUUGCUUAUUGACCCUUAAGGAUCACUUUACCCAUGAAGGUGGUGACAAAAUCUCCCUAUUUACAUCAAUUCAUGAUUCAACGACAUUGAUUUAUAAAUUUAUUACUGGGAAGUGUGAGGAUCUGUCUCAGAAAGGAUGGGUGCUUCCAGAAGCAGAAACUUGUGUGGUAGGGGAUGCCAGGCAAGGAGACCAGUCGCAAAGGCGUAAUUAUUCAUCGUUGAGAAAUGAUAGACGCAGGUCUUAUUCCGAUUUGCAAUUUGAGAAUAUUUUACGCAGUCCUGUGAUGUCGGAGCCAACUUCUGCUUGGUUACAUCAUGUUGGACAGAAAUUCCAUGAGGUUUUUCAGCUGAACCAAAGCCAUUCAGAUCUUUCCUCUGCAAGGAGUUUGGGAAUGAUGAACUUGAACAGUUUAGAUAAUGCACCUACUCAAUCUCUGUUAAGUCUUGUCAGUGCCAUUUUGGGAGAAAAGCAGAAUGGUGAAAUACCUCCGCGCGUCGAGAUUUUACUGAGGAAAGUUAUGCAAGAAAUUGAGCGAAGGCUUUCAACUCAAGGGGAGCAUAUUAAAAAGCUUAAAAAUUCCUUAAGAGAAGUUCUUUCACGUGAAGAAAGGCUGGUUUCAAGAGCCAGUGUGUUGGAGACUCUUGCAUCUGGCUCAAAUGAAGAAAUUCAGAUUGUAACUGAUCAACUUCAGAAAAUAAAGGCAGAGAAAGUGAAAAUUGAGGAGGAGAGGAAACUUGGGGAGAAGGAUUUGCUAAGACUGAUGAAGGAGAAGGAUGGCGUUGAAUCUGCUAUUUCAACAUUAAAGCAAGAACUUAAAGCAACAAGAAAGAAAUAUGAGGAGCAGUGUACCCAACUGGAAACACAAGGUAGGGAAGCUCAAGUGAAGUUGCAAGAGCGGCUAAAAGAAGUUGAGGAGCAGUUGACUGAGUCAAGGAAGAGGGUUGAAGAACUUGAGGCAUUUUCUGAGUCAAAAAUUCAGCGCUGGAACAAAAAGGAGAUAUCCUAUGAGAAAUUUUUAGCCUGUCAGCUUCAGGCUCUGCAGGAAAUGAAGUUGUCUUCUAAGUCAGCCAAGCAAGAAAUCUUAAUUGCAAAAAAGAGCUGGAGGGAAGAAUUCAUCAACUUGGGGGGUAAGCUCAAGGGAUUGGCAAGUGCCGCAGAAAAAUAUCAUGUGGUUCUUGAAGAAAAUCGAAAGCUUUAUAAUGAGGUUCAAGACUUAAAAGGAAACAUAAGAGUUUAUUGUCGGGUAAGGCCUUUCCUUCCUGGCCAGGUUGAAAAGCAGACAACCGUAGAAUACAUUGGUGAAAAUGGAGAAUUGCUUAUUGUGAAUCGUAGCAAACAAGGAAGAGAUGGCCAAAGGAUGUUUAAAUUUAACAAGGUCUUUGGUCCCACAGCUACUCAAGAGGAGAUAUUUUUAGACACUCGACCAUUAGUACGGUCUGUUUUAGAUGGAUAUAAUGUAUGCAUCUUUGCAUAUGGUCAGACUGGCUCUGGGAAGACCUUUACAAUGACUGGGCCAGAUAUGUCUUCGGAAGAGCACUGGGGAGUUAAUUAUCGAGCUCUGAAUGAUCUUUUCCACAUUUCACGGAGUAGGAAAGACACUUAUGGGUAUGAAGUUGGUGCUCAAAUGGUUGAGAUAUAUAAUGAGCAAGUCCGUGAUCUACUCAUUAAUGAUGGUUCACAGAAAAGACUUGGGAUUUGGACGACUUCUCAACCCAAUGGACUGGCUGUCCCUGAUGCCAGCAUGCAUACUGUCGAAUCAACUGCUGAUGUUAUAGAACUGAUGCAAAUAGGUCUGAUGAACCGAGCAAUAGGUGCCACUGCUCUUAAUGAAAGAAGCAGCCGAUCUCAUAGUGUCCUGACUGUGCAUGUUCGAGGAUUGGACUUGAAGACAGGAGCUGCUUUGCGUGGGUCUCUUCAUCUAGUGGACCUUGCCGGAAGUGAGAGAGUGGAUCGUUCUGAAGCUACUGGAGACAGAUUGAAAGAAGCCCAACAUAUUAAUAAAUCGCUUUCAGCACUUGGAGAUGUAAUCUCAGCUUUAGCACAAAAGAGCUCUCAUGUACCUUACCGGAACAGUAAACUCACUCAAAUUCUUCAAAGCUCUCUAGGUGGUCAGGCUAAGACGCUGAUGUUUGUACAGCUAAACCCAGAUGUUGAGUCAUAUUCUGAGACGAUAAGCACUUUAAAGUUUGCUGAAAGAGUUUCUGGGGUUGAGCUUGGAGCUGCGAAGAGCAGUAAAGAGAGCAAGGAUAUUAGAGAUUUGAUGGAACAGGUAGUAUCUCUCAAGGAAGUGCUUGCAAGGAAAGAUGCAGAGAUCGAACGGUUGCAAACACUCCGUGAUCUCAAAUUCCAACCUCUUGAUCCCUACCUCACCGGUGAUAAGCGAAGCAUGAGUACUGGGAAGCUCACACUGUCUCCUGGCAGGCCUUCAAUAGGGGCUGGGCUUCACAAAAAUCGCAAAGCAGGCAGUGGAAGACCAGUUGGGCCUCUUGAUUCUGUUAAAGCAGCCUCUGAUAUCGACAAUUGCUCAGAAUAUAGUGAUAGGAACUCUGAGGCUGGUUCUCAACAGUCUCUUGAAGAUUUUAAACAUCUAAAGGAUUUUGAUGGGCAAGCCAAGUAUGAUACUGGAGGAGAGCGUGAGCAAAGUGUUCGAACAGGGGAUGUUGAUCUUUUAGGGUUUGGUGAGGCUGAUUCAGAGGAGAGGUUGAGUGAUAUAUCGGACGGUGGCCUCUCCAUGGGAACUGAAACCGAUGGCUCAAUUUCAAGCGUAGUUGAAUUCACUCUUUUCCCUGAUGCCAGUAAACCAGUGGAUAACUCUGAAAAGAGGUUGAAAGUUCCCUCACGAGUUCCCCGUCCGCCAAUGAAACCGGGACAAACAGCAUCUGCCCGAGUACCAUCCAAGCUGUCGACCAAGAAUGCCUCAAGUUCGAGAAGAGCUUCAACUGAUCAGGCACACUCAUCAUCUUCAAAGUCUUCAAAACGAUGGCAAUAAGAAAGGCAUCCGCUUUUUUGUAAACAUGUUAAGAUUAGGCAAUGAUUUCAGCUGUGUGAUUAACCUGUUGAUGGACCUUAGCACUGACAUUUAGCAGCUGUAAUAUCGUAGUCCACGGUGCAUGGUAGUUUUCUUUAGUGCCAUGUAAUCCAUUGGCCUAUUGUGUAACAUAUGCUAAGGCAUUUAUUUUAGUAACAAUUAAGUUUUCUGAUUAUGCUUAUUA